UUGGAAAAUGUGGAUAAAAAUAAUAACACGAUCAGAAUACUCACUUGCCUAAUAAUUGUGGAGUGUAUUUGCUUUUUCUCAUAAUUUUAUGCCAAAUGAUUUCAUUAUAGUUUCAUUUUUCCUCCCAUUGUUUCAAAAGUACGUUUGAUGCUAUCAACACUAUUGCUUGUUCCUGUCUGUGUGGAGGCUGACACAGGUUUUUAGAAGGCUUGUGUCUGGGUCAUUCCCACAUACAGUACCCAUACAUGUCUCCUUGUGCAACGACUAAUGGCCUCAGGCCUUUAUGAAGGGUCUGUUCUUGUUUUGAAUAAUUAUGUAAGUCCUUCGAUUUUAAAUGGAAUAAACAAAUUGAGAAACAUUGUAUGUCACUGCAUUUGUCGCUCUACACUAAGAGCAGCACCUUUAGAGAGUUAUUUGAUAUGGACUUCUUGGACUUCACGGCAUACCAUGACUAUUGUGUCUCCCUGAGCUUUAGCUAACCUCUCUUUUAGCUUCAUGAGAUGACAGAAACAGAUCUAACAUUUCACCUCAAGGUCAAGAUUUUCUCACCAACAGCAGCAAGUGCUAUUUCCUAUUCAAGAAAUGUUAAGGACAUCCUGAUAAUAACAUCUUGGAAUAGUGAGGUGCAUAUAUUUGCCCUAAAUAGAUUUGUGUGCAAAUCAGGAAUAUUCUCCAUGUACAUUUCCCUAAACAAUGGCAACUAAACUAUAACCCAACAUAAAAUACCUUUGACUUCCCAGAAAAUGUGAACUCUGUACAGAAGCCAUUUACUGAAAAACAUUCAGUCAGUCAUCAUAUCCCAUUCAUUGCAGUAUAAAAUAAACAGCAAAUUCAAUGAUAAUGCAUCCGUGUAUUCUAUGUUACUUUGGGAAUCAAUGGUAAAAGAACACCAUGUGGUACAUUGACCACAGAUAGGAAUCAACAUAGGUAUGACAAACUGUUAUGAAACCAAAAACUGAUAUUCAUUCCACACCACAACCCGAAAUCCUGAGCAAGAGAACAAGACAUGGUAAGUGUGAGAUACAAACUCUCUGGUUCUCAAGUAUUGGCUGUCGUGUUGUAUUGUAGAUCCAAUGUCUAAGUUCAAAACAGUGUGCAAUCUCUGUUAUAGCAGCUGUCCUGCUUCAGAUCCAAUCUCUAAUUUAAAAAGUGUCCCAUUUGUAUGUUUUUUUAUGGACAGAUACUGGGAAUCCAUGGACAUUUCUACAAACAUUCAGAGCCAGUGACAAUGAUGUGGACGCUGAUCAUUACAAUCCUAAGUAUGAGUGGAAGUGGCAUGGGUUGGACAUAUCAGUACUCCAAUAAGACCAUGAACUGGACUGAGGCAAGAGAGUGGUGUUGGACCAACAAUUACACUGAUAUGGUGGCCAUCCAAAAUAAUCAGGAGAAUGAUUACCUUGUCUCCAUCUUGCUUGAUAGAACUAAGGCUCCGUAUUAUUGGAUCGGCAUUAGAAAGAUCAAUGGAAGCUGGACUUGGAUUGGAACCAAUGGAACGUGGGCCCCCAAUGAGUCUUGGGCACCCAAUGAACCCAAUGACAAACUGAAUGAUGAGUUCUGUGUUGAGAUUUAUGUCAAUAAAGCAAAUAAAGACAAUCAUGGAAAGUGGAACGAUGAUAAGUGCUCAAAAGAGAAACACCCAGUUUGCUACAAAGAACAAUGCAACAAAACAUCAUGCAACGGACGAGGAAGAUGUCUUGAGACCAUCAACAACUUUACCUGUGUCUGCGAAUCGGGGUUUGAGGGCAACAGGUGCAAAACAGUAGUGACAUGUGGGGAACCUAUCCCCCCUCAUCAUGGCAGAAUAAUGAAUUGUUCCGGUCCCCAUGGAAAAACUUCCUUCAACUCCUCGUGUACCUUCCGCUGCCUUGAGGGUUUUAAUUUGUCAGGGUCCCCUGAGGUCAGGUGUAACUCCUCUGGGCUGUGGGAUGCCAAAGAACCAAUUUGUGCAGCUUUAGAAUGUAAACCCUUCUUUGUACCUGAUGGGGUUGUGAACUGCUCUGGAGCCAACCUCACUGUCAACACUACCUGCCAGUUAAGCUGUGUGGCAGGGAUCCUACUGGCCUCUCCAGAAGUCAGCUGUACCGUCAAUGGGGUCUGGACUGAAGUCUGGACUGAGGUUUGGGCUGAUGACAUCUGGAGGAGAGUCAGAGUCUUGAGUGGAUGGAGGCCAGUUUGUGCAAGUUAUCAGAGUGUCGUAAUGGUUGCAAUUGGUGGCUGGCUUCUUUCAACAUCCUGCUCUAUCUGCUGUUGCUUCGGUCUUUGCAUAAAAAUGAAAAAGCAUGCAAAACCAAGGGAAGCAGAGGAAGGUGUGAUGUCAGCCUGUGAAACUGAACAACCUAUGGACCAAUGAUAUGUCACCAUACAACAUUAUCUAGCUAUUAUAUCAACAUGUGGUUGGAUUAGUACUCAUCAAACAUACUGAAGGAUAUUGUGAAUGCUGUAUGUCAUUGUAAAUGUCAUUGUAUGUUGUUAGACCCACGAAAGUAAUAACUUCCCUCAAACUUACUAAACCAAACAUAAUAAAAUUCUGCCGCUUUUAAUGUAAUAAUCCCACAAAGGUAAUAUGUUUCCCACAAACGUAAUAACAGUUGCCUACCACAAACGUAAUAACCAAUUUCCUACAAACGUAAUAAUUAUUAAGUUUGCAGGGAUUUAUUACAUUUGUGGGAAGGUAAAAUAUUUCAGAUUUUAAAAUUGUAAUAACUUCCCACCAAUGUAAUAAAUCACAAUUUUAAUCAAAAUCUGACUCUAAAUGUUUUC